GAAGGUCUUAUUUUCCUAAUAAAAUAGUUUUAAGUUUGAGAAGUACAAGAUAAUAACAUUGGUCAAACACCUCACAAACAGAGUUUCAGAUUCAGACAGAUCUUCAAAGUACCAAAAGGAAGAGAAUCAUACAAAGAUGGCUGGGAGAUUCUGUCAGAGAGACGGCUGGAUCAUGACGGCGAUGGUGGCGGUUGUGGUCUCCGACGUCGGAAUGAAUACUCUGUUCAAAGCGGCGAGCUCAAAGGGAAUGAGCUCAUACGUCUUCCUCGUAUAUUCUUAUGGAAUCGGAGCUCUUCUUCUCCUUCCUUCUCCUUUCCUCGCCCACAGGUCAAGAUCUCUACCACCUUUAAAGUUCUCAGUACUCUGUAAAAUGGGACUUCUUGGUCUACUUGGAUGUGUGUAUUUGAUGUUAGGUUACACAGGAAUCAAAUAUAGCUCUCCUACUUUGGCUUCAGCUAUGAGUAAUCUUACUCCUGCUUUCACCUUCAUCUUCGCUCUUCUCUUCGGAAUGGAGAAGGUAUCUAUAAAGAAAAAUAGCAGCUUCGCCAAAGUGGUGGGCACACUAGUUUCUAUAGUAGGUGCACUUGUAGUCACUCUCUACCAUGGCCCAAUCAUCUUCGCCGCAUCUCAGCCGUCCGUUUAUCUUCCUCAGCCUCUCUCGCCGCCUCCAUCCCCACCGUCAAAUUCUAAUUGGGUCACCGGCGGAUGUCUCCUAGCCCUUGAAUACACUCUCAUCGCCAUCUCGUACAUCAUACAGACACAUAUUAUGAGGGAAUAUCCAUCGGAGUUUGCCUUGGCACUUUCCCACAAUAUUUGCGUUUCAGUCUCUUGUGCGUCUGUUAGUCUUUUCGUAGAGAAAAACAAUCCAAGCGCGUGGAUUAUGAGAUCGAGUAUAAUGUUGAUAUGCAUCGUUGCAACGGGGAUGGUAAACUCUACGGGCUAUGUUGUGGAGUCGUGGACGGUGCGACAUAAGGGACCAUUGUUCCUAGCAAUGUUCAGGCCGUUAGCUAUAUUAACAGCGGUUGUAUUAGGCGCGAUUUUUCUAGGCGACUCCCUCUAUCUGGGAAGUGUGAUUGGUGGAACAUUGAUAUCGAUAGGUUUUUACACUGUUAUGUGGGGAAAAGCAAAGGAAGAGAAGUCCGAUAUCGAUACCCAUCAUGCUGCUUCAUCGUCACAUUCCAAGAGAGUUCCACUUUUGAUGAAUUACGCGGCUGAGAAGCAAGUGUAGUAACAUCUCUUGUUUGUUCAGCAACAGUUUCAUUUUCAGGGUUUCGGGUGUCUAUAAUUCAUGUAUUCAGAUGGUCCUGAGUCCGGAACAAUCUACUGGCGGAACCAGGACCAACUGUAAAGCAAUUAGGAUCAUGGGGUUGGUUUAUAUAUAUAAAACGCAAGCGACAUUAAGUAGAAUUGCAAGUAUCUAAUUGUUUUUAGUUCAACCAGUAGAAAUGUCUCUAGAUUUCAAAGGAAACUACGUUGGUUUUUUCAUCA